AUGAAGCUCUCAACUUCUUCUUAUGCAUCCCCAUCACCUUCAUCCACCGUUAGUUUUGACCCAACUAUGUGCAACUCCAAAAGCACCACAUCAGGGUGUCUCACAGCCAUCUUACGCAAGAUCCUUUGCUCUUGUGGCCUUCCAACAGACCCUUCAGAUCAAAAAAGAGAACUUGAUUCAUCAAAUUCAAUAGUGAGUGGCAAAGAUCAAAACUUGAAGGCUAAGCAGAAUGCUGAGGCUGCUAUUACUACUACUACUACUACUGCUCCUCCUCCUGGGAUAGUUGCAAGGUUAAUGGGUUUGGAAUCAAUGGGAGAGAUACCCUAUGCAUCAACACCAAAUUCAUUAUCACGUAGCCGAUCCAUGAAUUCUUUGGAUCAUUUGGGAGAAUGCAAUGGAUUGCAGGGUCCACAUAAACGGGUUAACUCCACAUUGUCGUUUAGGGAGGCACCAAAUAAUUUCCUCUUACUUAAAAAUGAGAACUUUUUGGUACUUAGCUUUGAAACUGAAGGUGAGAGUAGAGAAUUCAAAUCCAAUGGGAGAAAAAGAGAAAUGGGUUCUGCAGAAUUGAAGCAGAAAGUGCCAAAAGAGAGAGGUGUGUUGAAGGAAAAUAAGAGAGAAAAGGUUUAUGAUGAGAAGAUUUUGAUUCAAAAGAGGAAACUGAGCAAAAGGGUGUCUGAUAUGUCUUGUGGAAAUGUUGGAAAUGAUGGUAAAAAACUUCAAGAAAUCACCAACAUUUCGUAUCCCUUCAAGGCUACAUCUAAAAAGAAGUGUUCUGAUUCCGAAGCAGUGAAAUUGUUACAGCCCAAGAACAGCAAGGAAGCUGUGAUUGGUGAAAAGCUGAAGAGGAGGAAGAAGAAAACAAGUUGUUACUCAGAAAAAAAGACAGAAACUGAAUGCAAGUCAGAAGAUUCAAGCCCAGUUUCUGUCCUUGAAUUUGAGCGUGAAGCUUGUGGAACAGUUGGUUUGAGUUCAAGAAGAAAAUUGUCACCAGAGCUUGAAAAUGACCAGCACUUUAAUCUGCGUUCUGAUAGUAACUUGAUGAUUGAAGAGAAUAAGGUUAAGGAAACUGAGAGCAACAAAUGUGAAGGAUCAAAGAAAAAAGAGAAGCACAGCCAGGAGUAUAUACAUAAUUGGGGUGAAGUUUCCAAGCUAGUUAAAGAUGAAUUGGUUGGAUCAAACAAGAUACAUGCAUGGAUGAAUAAACAAGGUGAUUUAGGAAGCAUAAGUGCUGAUUUUGAGUCAGAAAUUUUUGAUCAAUUGUUAAAUGAGCUGAUAGAUCAACUUGUUGGUCAUCCACUGACAACUUUGUAA